AUGGAUCAGAAAGAAACUGUUUACAACAAUAAUUUUAUUAAUAAUGAUAAUAAUAUAAGUCAGUUUUUACACUCUAGCAAGAUUAAUAAUACUAAUAUUACUCCUACUGUUGCUAAUAAUAAUAAUAAUAAUAAUAAUAAUAAUAAUAAUAAUAAUAAUAAUAAUAAUAAUAAUAAUAAUAAUAAUAAUAAUAAUAAUAAUAAUAAUAAUAAUAGAAAUGGACUGUCAGACAAUAUUAAUGCUGCAUCAAUAGGAUCUUAUGAUCCUUUUAAUUUAUUAAAUAUUGAUAAUGAUGAUCUUGUUAAUAGUCCUACACCAACUAAUUCUAUCAAUAACAUUAAUAAAGGUUCAGCUCUGUCUAGCACCAACAUACCUGCUAUUAACACAUCAAUAGCUACCACUGCUGCUACCUCUAGUAUAAUUCAAAACAAUUUCGACGAUGUUAAUUCUUAUCUUGAUAAAGGAUCGUCAUUGUCUCCACAGAUUAUUCAUACUCCAACUUUGAAAAUAGAAAAUUCUGAUACAUUUGAACAACAUAUUUUAUUAAAUUCAAAUGAUAUUAUUCAAUCACCAAAUGUCAAUUAUCAUGAUAGAAAUAACAAUAGUAACAGCAAUAAUUUAAGUACCCCUAGGUUUUUGUCCCCAACAACACCAACUACUAAUGUUUUUACUAGUACUUUUAAUAAUAAUUUAAUUGCAAGCCAGAAUUUAAAUCUUCACAAUAGCAAUACUAAUACUAAUAAUAGUAACAGUAAUAAUAUUAAUAAUAAUGAUAACGUUCUUUCCAAUACUAAUUUAAAUAUUUUCCAAAAUGGUUCUUCUUUGUCUACAUCACCAUUGCACUCUCCAUCUUCAUAUCUUUCUGCCAAUGAUACAGAUAAUGAUGAUUUAUUAAGUGUUUAUUCAAACAAUUCAUAUUAUAGUACCAACAGUUCAACAAGUAAUGUAUUAUUACCUAUCAAUUCAUAUGGUUUGCGACAUGUAAAUGAUUUAACAGAUUUGGAUUACUUAUUAGAAAAUAUUGAAAUUGAUCCAUAUCCUUUAAAUGAUGAGUAUUAUGAUAUCGAUAUUCAUCUUCCUAACACUACUACCACGACCACGACUACUAACGACACUUUGAACUUAAAUAAUAAUCAGUAUUCUGCACCAAUAAUAUCUAUUGAAGAGUUCAAUCCAACUAAUAAUAAUAACAAUAAUAGUAAUAAUAAUAAUCUCUUUGAAUUAGGAUCUCCUACUAUACAACAAAAUAAUCAAAUUAAUUGGGAAACUCCAUUGAAUAGUAAAAGCAAUAUGUUAAAUCCAAAUUCCUAUUUAUCCACAACUAAUAGCAACAAUAAUAACGACAUGUCGAUUGGUAAUGAGGGUGAUAAAGAAAAUGAAGUGAAAAAAGAAGAGGCAGAUGAUGUAACACAACUCAAUAUAAUACAUGAGGAAAUAAUUGCAGAUGGAAAAAUAAGAAGAAAAAGUAUCUCAAAUAAUAAGAACAACAACUCAAAAAGUCUGAGACCACGUAGUAGAAGUAGAAGUAGAAAACCAUCAAUGUCCUUAGAUGAAAGGGCAAGAUCUUUAAGUGCUAAUCGAGAAAAAUUGUUGAAAUUAGCAGAUUUACAACUGGACGAAACUGAUAUUAAUAUUAAUCUUAACUCGAACAAAGAUAAUAAGGGUCCAAACAAGAAUUUUGAUCAUGUUACAAGCCCAUCCCCAAGUAAUUUAGACCUUACUGAUAAUGGAUCUGUACCAAAGAAUGAAAAUAAAACCAGCUCAAAUCAAACUUCAUCUAAAAAACAAGAAGAGAAUACAACUAAAAAAAGUUCAUUAAUUUAUGCUUGUUCAUUAUGUGAUAAAACAUUUACAAGACCAUAUAACUUAAAAUCACAUUUACGAACACAUACCAAUGAAAGGCCAUUUGUUUGUACAGUGUGUGGUAAAGCUUUUGCUAGACAACAUGAUAGAAAGAGACACGAAGAUUUACAUUCUGGUAAAAAAAGAUAUGUUUGUGGUGGAAAACUAAAGAAUGGGCAACCUUGGGGUUGUGGUAAAAAAUUUGCACGUAGUGAUGCUCUUGGUAGACAUUUUAAAACAGAAUCAGGUAAACAAUGUAUUGCUCCAUUGUAUCAAGAAGCCGCUAUUGAGAGAGCUAUAACUAUCCUACAACAACAACAACAACAACAACAACAACAGCAACAACAACAAUAA